GCAGCUCCAUGGAUCAAUACAACAACUAACGAAAUGUAUAUAUUUUUAGCUACAGUUAUGUUAAUGCCUCAUUUGAAAAAAAACCGUAUUCGUGGUUAUUGGUCAACAUAUCGUCUCAUCGCAACACUUAUAUUUGCUGAACUUUUCACCAGAGAUCGAUUUACAGCUUUACUUACUAACCUUAAUUUAUCGAUGUGA